AUGAUUGGAAUCAAGGCAAUGGUCGCUCGUGCGGCCGGUCGGGUGGUCCAGAUGUUCAGCACGAUUCUGUGUCCGCGCCAUAAGCCUGCCAAGGGGUCUUUCGAUGAGCACGACAACUACUUCCUCGGGCUGCCUCGCGAGCUUCGUGACCAUAUCUACGAGUACCACAUCAACCAACUCACUGCCAACCACAUCACCGACCCAGUCGGCACUCGCCCCAUCAACCUAGAUCAAAGUGAGCUUCACUUUGUGAGUGAUGACUUCUGGGGUUUGGGCCUUGACCGUGUCUGGCGCAAAUUCAAGGAAGUCCGCGGCCUCCACCCUUUCUCUGCUGCCUACGACCCCGAGAUCAGCCCCGAGCUCGAAGAAGUAUACCUCAGGAACAGUACCUUCCACACUGCUAUCAAGUGUGCCGGUAAUUCUGCUGGAACCAAGGACCCACUGUUCAAAUUCCUCGAGAGCCUUGGUCGUGACGCUGUCGGCCGGCUUGGCAACCUCCAGCUUCGCAUCCUCACUUACAGCUUCGACACCGACUUCGAACUCCUACUCAAUCCCGAUGCCUUCGGUGACCCGAACUUUGCGGCCAUGUUCGAGGAAGAGAGACUCAAUCUACGCAACGAGAUGAGGGCCUGUGCUGCUAGGCUGGCGAGGUUGCUGGCAGCGUACAAAUUCAGUGGCAAGAUUGGACUUCUGGGCGAAUUCACGGACAAACAAGGCUUGUUUGAUGUCGGCGUGGUGAAGAAGGGCCUAGAGGUUGCGGAUGCUGCCUUUCGAAAGGGAAAGGAAUGGAAGGAAAUCAGGGAAGAGGUGCUCCAAGGCGAAAAGAUGGAUUCUGUUGUCAAGUUUCCAGCUGACGCCACUGAGGACCAAAACGAAGACAUCAAGUGGUGCUUCGUCAACGUCGAUUUCUCUGGAAAAUAG